GCCAAAAAGAGCAACAGGUCCUUGAUGAAGGUCUUCUUGGUGUGUCUCCUGGCCUGUGUCCUCACCACAGCGAUCGGGGUCCUCACCUUGUCCUUGGUCUACGUGAGCGACAGCACCUACAGGAGAGAGGUGGCUGCAGCUGGGAGAAGCUCGGAUGGGAAGUUCCAGUUCCUGAACCACCUGAGGAAGUCCAAGGUUUAUACCUAUCCCGGUGGUGAAAUCCAAUGGGCCCGAUUCCGGAAGGAUCUUCUGGCUUAUGGAAGCGAGGAAGAGCUGGAAUUUGGGAGGAGCCUCCAUCUCCAUCGCUCCCAAAUGACUUUUGGGACUCUGAGGAUCAAGAGCAAAGGUCUUCGAGCUCCUCACUGGCAUUUCAACGCCAACGAGCACGGCUACUUGCUCCAGGGUUCUGCUUGGGUUGGAGUGAUUGGAGCAGAUGACAGCGUGGUCACCACCUACAACGUGACGGCCGGGCAAGUGGUCUUCUUCCCUCGGAACACCGUGCACUGGCUCAAGAACGUGGGGUCAGAAGAUUGCUUGUUCCUGCUCUUCUUCAGCACCCAUGAGGAGCUCCAGACCUUGGACGUCGAUGACGCUUUCUUCUCUACCCCGGAGGACGUAGCAGCGAGAGCUUUGAAGCCUGUCGGUGGUGUGAACUUCAUCAGAACCUUCCAGAAGCAAGCAGAAGACCAAGCCAUCAACCUGCCCCCCAACUUGGAGGAGCUGGUCCAAAACGCCACCUACGUGCAGUCUCCAGCCCACCAGGUCUGGAGGUACUUCUACGACCUCAAAGGAUCAGCAGAACAUCCUUUCCCAGGAGGACUCUUCCAAUGGGCUCGGUACCGCAGGGAUGGCGCCGGCUUAAAUGAGACCGAGAAGAUCUUCAGCGAGUCCCUCAACAAGCAUGAGAACACCUUGACGUUGGCCACCCUCCGCAUAAGAAGCAACGCGCUGGGUCAACCACACUUCCACUUCAACGCCAAUGAGAUGGGCUAUGUCCUCGGUGGCUGUGGCCAGGUUGGAGUUAUCCUCUCUGGAAGCAGCACCAGCUUCAACAUUGACAUUGGAGAUGUCAUCUUCUUCCCUGUUGGAAGCCAACACUACAUCAAGAGCGUGUGUGAGGAGGACCUGCUUCUACUCCUGGCCUACAGCACAGGAAACCAG